UCGACCUUCGCGGGCCUCUCAGUCUUUCCCGCCAUGUCGUUUGUGGAGAGUUGGAGGUCUGUAGGCGCGCGUAGGCGCCGUCAGGGUACCCCAGGCCCUGUGACUCGGCCUAUGUAUUCCGACUACACUCAGGGGGAUAGCUGGGGUGAAGGCGAAGGCGACGAAGACGAGGGAUGCGACCAAGUGGCCCGCGACUUGCGGGCAGAGUUCUCGGCCAGGGCGUCGUCGGAGACCAAGAGGGCCCCGCCACUCCCACUGGUCGGGGACGGGUCGCCGGUCCUGCCGGAUAAGCGUAACGGCAUCUUCCCGGCGACUGCGGCCAAGCGAACUCAGGCUCGGCGGUGGCCCAUCAAAGCCCUUUCCAUUCUCUGCUCGCUGCUGUUCGCCGUCCUCCUCGCUUUCCUCCUCGCCAUCGCCUACCUCAUCGUUAAAGAAUUGCAUGCAGAAAACUUGAAAAAUGAAGAUGAUAUACAUACUGGGCUGUUAGGAUUCUGGUCUCUGCUGAUACUAUCUCUAACUGCUGGAUUAUCCUGUUGCAGCUUUUCUUGGACAGUGACUUACUUUGAUUCUUUUGAACCAGGAAUGUUUCCACCUACUCCUCUUUCACCUGCUAGGUUCAAGAAACUGACUGGACAUUCUUUCCACAUGGGCUACAGCAUGGCAAUUUUGAAUGGUGUUGUAGCUGCUCUCACUGUGGCAUGGUGCCUCAUGUAAACCCACGAUAGAGCAUCAGUGUUUGUGAAAGUCAUGAUUGUUUUUGAAGUAACAGAAACAAAAUUGCCUACUUCGAAGACUAUGGAAUGUGAUUCAGAUACAUACUAUCAUCAUCAUUAUGGAAGACCUUAUAGAGGCCAUUUCUUAAAUGUAUAAGAUGUUUACUUCAUCUUUUUACUUUUGUUUGUGUAGUUUAUCAGUUACAGAAAAUAUUUUAAUGGAAGUCAAACUUGGACACUUGAAUACAGGACAAUGCCUACCUUUCUAUGUAUGUCCCAUUUUUUACUAGUACAUAUUGAUAUUCCUGGUUGAGGUAGAAAUAUUUAUAUACUUCAAUAAGAAAACAGUCCUGAGUCCAAGCGUGUUAGCCAGACCUUCAAGCCCAGCACUUGGGAGACAGAAGCAGUUUCUGUGGGUUUGAGGUUAACCUAUAGUUGCACAAUGAGAUCAUUUCAAGAAAAAGAAGAAAACAAUUCCUAUUCUUUGACAUUUUGUAGAAGCUACAUAAAUCAGAGUUUUUGAUAAUCAGUAGAAUGCAUAUGUGCAUUUAUAUUUUUUGUGGAGUAUAGCUAGGGGUUUUAUAUAUUUUUAUAAUACUGAAUUAGUGUUUUUUAAAUGAUUACAUUUAUACCUAUAUGGUUGUAAAUUUUAUUUCUUAGCUGGUGUAAACCUGUCCUUUAGUAUUUUGUCUCUUUUAAAAAAAAAACAUUAAAGUACAUUGACUUGAGUUUAAGACUAAGUAAAUUUAUUUUUUGACAAAAACAUACUACAAAUUCAGGGUAAAUUAUUUGUUGUUAUAAUGUUAAGAAAUUUGAGACUUUUAGUCAUUUCUAUUUUCCACAAUUGAAAGUAUUUAUUUUGAUGUGUAUAUAUUAAGGCAACAAAAUGUGUACUAUUUUGUUUUUAGUAAAUGAAAACCUAAAAAUUUUGUACGUAGAAAUGUUUGAACUUGUUUAUUUUUAAUCUCAAGAAUUUAGUUACCAAAGUAGAAAAGGUAUUUUGAUACUCUGUAUAUGUACAUAUAAUUAAACUGUAAUAUGUAUGUUAUAUUGUAUAUAUUGUAA